AAGUCAUUGAGCGCAGCGCAGCUUCCCGUUGUGGAUUUUCUUUUCGCGUGUCUGGUCUCGUGCAAAGUCCUUGCUACAAUAGACAAUUGUUGAUGCCCUUCAGGCACACUUCUUCUAUCAUUUCAUCUUCCAAGACGUUGCGACUGAUCAAAGCAACACCUGGAGGAAGGAGUAACUCUACUGUGGCUUAAUGAAGAGGUUGAGGCUCCUGCGAUGGAGCGGCAGUGUACUCUCACCACGGACAAGACCCGAGUCCUUACAAUCAGCCAUCCCUAAUUUCCGACGAUGUCAAGCUACAGCAGCUUUACAAUCAGAACCUCACGAUGAUAUCGAGGUGACUCCUUUCUUGUCAGAAGAUGCGCUCACGAGCCUUCCCUCGCCUCCGGUCACAGCGGCGAAGACUUCUGCGAAGCUUGCCGCUUUACAUGCUCGACUUGCCCUCCCUCGACGGCUACCUCUUGAAACUCUAGCGAGGACGCUUGUCGACGACUCUGCGGAUCCUUCGGUCCGAUUCAACAAUAAACCCUUUGCCGUGCUAGGGAACGAUCUAUUGGGAUAUUAUACUUCCGAACAUAUUUUGAGUCAAUACCCUCGAUUACCCAUGGCUGUCGUGUUCGCCGCCAUGUAUGCAUAUCACGGCCCUGCGACGUUGACUGCAGUGGCAAGGGAAUGGGGCGUGGAAGCGGCUGCGGAGCCUGGCGGAGAGGUUGACCCCGGCCUACUUCAGUUUAAGAGGCUUCCACCCGGACCGAGACCUGAUCAACCCGAGACGCAAGUGAUCGAGACCAGGGAAGAAGGAAAGUCCAAGUUUCGACGAACAAUGAGCUCGAGAGCAGUCUACGAUGACCAAUUUGGCGAGGUCAAAACGCGCGGUGGUGAAAUAGAGCAAAAAGGUGUCACCCUACAGCGAGCCGCUACACAGUUUGUACGGGCGGUCUUUGGUGCAGUGUAUCUCCAUGCAGGCAGAACAGCUGCCAAGCAACUUUACAACGACCACAUUACCUCGCGGCAGGUAAACAUCGGCAAUCUAUUCCAGUUCAAGAAUCCCACGAAAGAUCUGAGCCGAUUAUGUGCCAGAGAGGGAUUCCAGGCACCAGUGGCCAAGAUACUCAGCGAAACAGGCCGCAAGAGCAGGACGCCGGUUUUCGUUGUGGGAAUCUUUUCGGGAAGCGACUUGCUUGGGGAAGGCGCCGGCGCCAGUCUGGACGAAGCCCGGACACGCGCGGCAGUUGCAGCGAUGAAAGGGUGGUAUUUGUACAGUCCGACCGAGGUCCGGUUGCCUAGUGAAAUGGAAGAGCCUGGCGCCAAGCCGUGGACACCCCUAUUGGUCGAUGCGGGCGAGAUCGCGAACUAGAUUCGACCUUUCAACUUGUUCUUAUUACCGACAUGUGGGAUGGGAUGUACUUGUAUGGUAUUUGCUCGUAUAUAUCGGAUUCAAGCACGGCAUUUCCAGGCGUGAAGAAGGAAAAGAAUGGCGAACAGGAAGGCAAAUGACCAUUGAGUCAAUGGACUUGAAUUGCACAUACCUACCUAUGGUAUAAUGUUCUCUUCACACGAGUUUCUACCAUUCCAUUUCAACUCAAGGCUACACAGUCUUCCUGCGACCGUGAUUUGCAUCUGCACAUGCCGGUCUUGAAGCGGCUUCGCUUGAGUAUAUGGCUGUCAGGCAGGAUAUAAACAAAUAGGUUCCAUCUGUUCCUGGCACAAUCCCGUUUUCUGAUAUUUUGGUUGUCCGCCAAUCAAGAUACAAUAAUAUAAGGCUUGGCUAGUCCUAAAGAUGACGUCGACGAUCUGCCUGUUCUUGAUGCCUUG